AUGGAGUACACGGUUCGCAUGCCAAUGCUGCCCAUUGACGACCGUCUUCCAGGCAAGAUGCCGCCCGAUGGUACGAUCUGGUCGUCGAUUGAUGACGCGUGGAUGUCGAUGGCGAUCUGGAUGCUCAUGGUGUUCCAAAGCACCAAGAACGAGUCGGUGGAGACCAUGCGAUCUCAUUUGCACCGCGCAAAGCACUUGUACGAAAACGCUGUGCUCGACAGUCUCGAGUCGUGCCGCCUACUUGGCCCUCUACUCCAACACGCCGUACAUUCUGAUGACGACGUCAAGCAAGCCACGUCAUCGAGCCUUCUUCUCUGUGCGCUCGACGAGGCUACCUCGUUGACCCGUCUCGACACAGUCCUAAAGCACUUGUUAGCGACUCUCCAGCUGGAACGCGGCCGUCGACAGCUCUCGAUGGCACAGCGUCGGACCACUGCGAAGAAUGCCGUGGUAGCUUUGAGCGCGACGGCGGUCAUCUCGCGUGUCGAGACGGCGCCCAUGGCGGCGACGUGCGGAGUGCUUCUCAGCGCCAGUGUCGGUGCGUCGCACCUCUUGGCCCGAUGGCGCCAUGCGUCAGUGCGCGAGAAGCUGAACAAGCAGAUUGAAAAAACGCGCGCGCUGCUCAAGACGCUACCCCGCCAUAUCACAGCGCUCGAGGCCGCGCUGGAAGGAGCCAUUCACGCCGUGCAAACCGAGAUGCGGUUGUUGAGUGACUUGCGCGUCAGCGCCCAGCUCACUAGGCACUGGUUGCUCAUCUCGUCCUCCCUCCUGUUUGACAUCCAAGCCAUGACCCUCGAGCAGCAGUGCCGCCACGUACUCGCACGGUUUGCCAAGGGGGACGACUAA